GAAUGGGCUGGGAGUUUCGAGGGCGGGGAAGAGUUGGAAGCCUAUCGAUAUCUCUGGAAUAGACUGCACUACCCUGCGCCGCCGCCGUCAAAGCCCCGCAGACUUCUCUGUAGACCGCCGAGCAAUAGUUUCGGCGGCGCUCCGUGAUUCGUAUCUUUGCUGGAGGCUGUAGCCAGGCCCGCGCCGAAACCAUGUUUCGCAACCAGUAUGACAAUGAUGUUACUGUUUGGAGUCCUCAGGGCAGGAUUCAUCAAAUUGAAUAUGCAAUGGAAGCUGUUAAACAAGGUUCAGCCACAGUUGGUCUGAAGUCAAAAACCCAUGCAGUGUUGGUAGCUUUGAAAAGGGCACAGUCUGAGCUUGCAGCUCAUCAGAAAAAGAUUCUCCACGUUGACAACCAUAUUGGUAUCUCAAUUGCGGGGCUUACUGCUGAUGCUAGACUGUUGUGUAAUUUUAUGCGCCAGGAGUGUUUGGAUUCCAGAUUUGUAUUUGACAGACCACUUCCUGUGUCUCGUCUUGUCUCUCUAAUCGGAAGCAAGACCCAGAUACCAACACAACGAUAUGGCCGGAGACCGUAUGGUGUUGGGCUGCUUAUUGCUGGUUAUGAUGAUAUGGGUCCUCACAUUUUCCAAACCUGUCCAUCUGCUAACUACUUCGACUGCCGAGCUAUGUCCAUUGGAGCCCGUUCCCAAUCAGCUCGUACUUACUUGGAGAGACAUAUGUCUGAAUUUAUGGAGUGCAAUUUAAAUGAACUGGUUAAACAUGGUCUGCGUGCCCUAAGAGAGACACUUCCUGCAGAGCAGGACCUAACUACAAAGAAUGUUUCCAUUGGAAUUGUUGGCAAAGACUUGGAGUUUACAAUCUAUGAUGAUGAUGAUGUGUCUCCAUUCCUGGAAGGUCUUGAAGAAAGACCGCAGAGAAAGGCACAGCCUGCUCAACCUGCUGAUGAACCUGCAGAAAAGGCUGAUGAACCAAUGGAACAUUAAGUGAUAAACCACUCUAUAUGUGCAUUAUCAAAUAUGUAAGAAUGCAGGAACACGUACUGAUGACAGUAAUCUAUACUUUGAACCAAAAGUUGCAGAGUUGUGGAAUGGUAUGUUUUAGGAAUCAGUUCAUAUGUGAGUUGUUUCCAAGCAGCCUCACUGACGCCAUAUAAUGGGGUACAUUUUUCUUUGAAAGGGUCUAUGUAAUCAUUUUCUAGAAAGUAUAGGUAUCUAUCUGUACUACUGUUUUUAUAUGAAGAAAAUAGUGUCUUUGUGGUUUUAAAGACAACUGUGAAAUAAAAUUAUUUCACCUCCUAGU